CUCGAAUUUAACAAAGGAAAAACAUUUAAACUUUUUCCCAAACUUAUUCUAAAUCUGUGCUAGAGUGAUUUUUAAAAUAGUUUAAAUGUCUGCUCAGUGAAAAGUUCAACUUGAACAUCUAUUAAAUAUCCAUCAAAUCAUUCCAAGUUUUAAAAUGAAAAUAUUCUUACUGAUCUUGAGUUUGGUUGAGAGAGCUGUAUUUUUACCUCCAGAGUUCAAAAGUUCCUGCAUUUCAGGCUGUACAGUUCCAAUAGAUAUAGAGAUACAGGAAGGACUGAAGCUGGAAAAUGUUGUUCGAAGAACUGAAGCUGUCUCUAAAAGGUUACAAUUACGAGGAUCCACAUUAUCGCAACUUCUGGAUUCCCCUAUGCUCUCAACUAUUUCCGCUGCAGUACAGAGUACAGGUAGUUUCAUGCAAAACCUUAAUUCACCUCCUUACACAAUUUUCUUUCCACAAAACAGUGGUUUCCAAAAGAUGAAUAGUUCUGUUUUGUCUGAGAUGAUAGAAGACGGAUCAAUAUCAAUAAUUCUUCUCAGACAUAUUGUUCCUGGAAAUUUUAAGUCUAGAGAUAUUCCUCUUGGUAUUACAAAAGUAAAAACUAUUGGAACAGAAGUUCUUGAACUAAUCCGUGCUGGAAACUGCGUCAGUUUGAGAACUGAACAUGGUUCUGCCAACGUGGUUCUUCCUGAUCAUGAGUUCGAUACUGGGAUUUUGCAUCUAGUUGAUUCACUAAUAUAAUCAUAGAUUAAUUAACAAUACAGACUAUGUCGUUUUC